GAAUAAAGGGAGAGAGAGUGACAGGAAGGGCUGGAAUGGUCAGGAGAAGUAUCUUAUUGUGUUGGUGUGUAUUGUGUGCCACAUCUGGACAUACUGAUCUGGAGACAGUGCCAAAAGCAGCCUCUAGAAUCCUCCUCUCUACAACUAGUUUACACGGUCCAGAACAGUGCACCUUGUGCCAGAGAGGGGGGGCAGGAAGGAAAGGGAGGAGAGAGAGAGACGCACAGGGCAGAUGAGGGGCAUCGGGGCUUUCCGCUGUGGAGGACAAGCGAGGGGGAAAGAGGUGGGUGAGAGAGGAGAGGAAGCAGCUCUAUAUUGUCACUGAGAGGACGGAGGACACAGCGGAGGAGAAGACAAAGAGUGAGUGAUACUUCAGCGGAAGAAAGAAGUCAAAGUCAGAAAUAGUGAUAGAGAACAAGGAGAGAGAGCUGGAGACAGAGAGGCGGAGUGUGAAAGGAUAUACAUUCAACUGAGACCACAAAGAGACUAUUAUCAAAUGUACUAGAGAUGACUGGAUUGGGAUGCAAAACUGAGGAAUACCUUCAUGAUGCUUCUGGGGUGGAAAUGUGCUGUGAGCGUUGUCGUAAAGGACAGUAUGUUCGCACCGACUGUGGCAAGUCUACAAAAACAGUGUGUGGGACCUGUCAACGUGGAUACUACACUGCUGAAUUAAACUUCUUGAAAAAAUGUCUACCCUGUAGGCUCUGCCAAUCCAGCAGUAACCAGAAGGUAUCGAGGGAGUGUGAAGCCAGUAGUGACAGGCAAUGUGUGUGUAAGACAGGUCACUACUGUACAGACGAUGGAUGUGAACACUGCCUACCUGUGACCCUGUGCCCUCCGGGUUCAGGUGUCGUGAAUCAAGCCAACCCCCAGAAUGACACAGUCUGUGCCCCGUGCCAACCUGGGACCUAUAACAGCAUCAACGAUGCCACCACAAACUGCAAAUUACACACCAGGUGUGGGGACCUAGGGAAGGAGGUGAAAAGUGCUGGGACUGAGACUACCGAUGCUGUGUGUGGUGCCUUCAUAUCUCGGUGUCAUUGGAUACUACCUACCAGUCUGUGGGCGGGACUAGUGGUGACCUCACUCCUCAUCAUAAUCUUGAUCUACAUCUAUUGGAGGGCCAAGGAUCAAUCAUACAUGCCAGCCAACUCCAGUGGUCCUGGAAUUCCUGUAGAGCCUGCACCUCCUUCCUUCGCUCCAGCUGAGCUCAAGUUCCCCACCGAGUGCAACAGCCAUUGGAGCCUGGACCAGAAAGCCACUGAACCACUCUUCAUCAACACAGCUGUUAUUCAGGUAAACGGCUAUACAUCAGACUGUGAAGUUGAGGCCGAUGGCGCCACCAUAACAAUGACAACAUCAGAGCAAUUCAGCCAAUCGGAUCACAGUAAUGGAAUGAGAGGAAAUGACAUCAGACCCUCCCGCUACCUAUCAGAGCCACAGGAAGAUGAGUGGCAAGGGACUUAAUUCUGAUUUUCAACUAAAUCUUCUUUUUUAAAUUACAUUUUUCAAUGAACAAGACCUACAUGGGAAAACAGCUGAGCAGAUUCCUUGAAGGUUCCUGGAUACAAUCCCUUUUUUAAAGUCUUAUCCCUGCAAUGUAAAUAUACUGAACUAUAAACAUCCAAUGAACAUUCUUUGUUUCUUAGGUCAUUGAAAAAAAACUGUUGGGGAGGGUUUAAAUAAAGUAUAACCACGGAG